UGGGCAGGAGCCGAAGCCUGGGUGCUGCCUGCCCUCCCUUCCUUCAUUUCCCAUCGUGCUGAGGCGGGUGGUAUGGCGGAGAAGGAUGACACCGGAGUUUGACGAAGAGGUGGUUUUUGAGAACUCUCCCCUUUACCAGUACUUACAGGAUUUGGGACACACAGAUUUUGAAAUAUGUUCUUCUUUGCCACCAAAAACAGAAAACUGCUUGCCGACGGAGGAACCUCACAAGGCUCCCACGAGAGUCCUACCAAAACAAGGCAUCCUGUUCAAGCUGGCAGAAAGCAUCAAGAGCUGGACGUUUUCUUCUCAGUACAGUAAGAAGGAUGACUUACUCCACAAGUUGGACACUGGAUUCCGACUGGACUCACUACAUAGCAUCCUGCAGCAGGAAGUCCUGCUUCAAGAGGAUGUGGAGCUAAUUGAGCUACUUGAUCCCAGCAUCCUGUCUGCUGGGCAACCUCAGCAGGAAAAUGGACACCUUCCAACACUCAGCUCCCUGGCAGCCCCUAAUGUUUGGGAUGCCUCGCUGCUACUUGCCUUCAUUAGUUUGCUCGUUAUGCUUCCCACGUGGUGGAUUGUGUCUUCCUGGAUGGUAUGGGGAAUAAUUCUGUUUCUUUACUCGAUCAUACGAGCUUUGAAACUAUGGAGGACAGCCAAGCUGCAAAUGACUCUGAGAAAAUAUAGGGCCCGUUUGGAAGACAUGGCAGCAAAUAGCCGAGCCUUCACUAACCUUGUGAGAAAGUCCCUGCGUCUUAUUCAAGAAACCGAAGUCAUUUCCAGGGGAUUUACUCUUUUGCUUGACAGGGUCAGUGCUGCUUGCUCAUUUAAUAAAGCUGGACAGCAUCCCAGCCAGCAUCUCAUCGGCCUUCGGAAAGCCGUCUACAGGACUGUAAGAGCCAACUUUCAAGCCGCAAGGCUAGCUACCCUGUACAUGCUGAAAAACUACCCCCUGACCUCUGAGAGUGACAAUGUUACCAACUACAUCUGUGUGGUGCCUUUCAAGGAGCUGGGGCUCGGCCUCAGUGAAGAGCAGAUAUCAGAAGAGGAAGCUCGUAACUUGACAGAUGGCUUCAGCUUGCCAGCCUUGAAGGUUUUGUUCCAGCUCUGGGUGGCACAGAGUUCAGAGUUCUUCAGGCGCUUAGCCCUGUUGCUUUCCACAGCCAAUUCGCCCUCAGGGCCCCUCCUUACUGAGGCUCUCCUGCCUCACCGAGUUCUGUCUGACGUGACUCAAGGUCUACCUCAUGCUCAUUCUGCCUGCUUGGAAGAGCUGAAGCGCAGCUACGAGUUCUUCCGGUACUUCGAAACUCAGCACCAGUCAGUACCGCAGCGUCCAUCCAAAGUUCAGCCAAAGUCGAGAGAGCUGAGUAGCGUUCACACGGCAGUGCGCAGCUUACAGCUCCAUCUGAAAGCGUUACUGAACGAAGUAAUAAUUCUUGAGGAUGAGCUUGAGAAGCUUGUUUGCACUAAAGAGACACAAGAGCUGCUGUCAGAGGCCUAUCCGGUACUGGAGCAGAAGCUGAAGCUGAUUGAGCCCCACGUGCAGGCCAGCAACAGUUGCUGGGAAGAAGCCAUCUCCCAAGUGGAUAAACUGCUACGGAGGAAUACAGAGAAAAAAGGCAAGCCUGAAAUAGCGUGUGAAAACCCACACUGCACUGCAGCACCCUUGAUACGGCCUACUCUGCACAUUGAGGACAGAGACCCCAUCCCUGAGGAGCAGGAGCUAGAAGCUUAUGUGGAUGACAUAGACCUAGAAAGUGAGUUCCGGAAGGAGGAUUUGUACCACCUGUCUCCAGAGGACAAAGAGAGGCAGAAGCGUGAGCAGGAAGAGUCCAGGAGGGUGUUGCAGGAGCUGAAGUCUGUGCUCGGAUUCAAGGCAUCAGAAGCAGAAAGGCAAAAGUGGAAGCAGCUUCUGUUUAGUGACCACGCUGUGUUGAAAUCCUUGUCUCCUGUAGACCCAGUGGAAUCUGUAAGUAAUUCAGAAACACCCAUGCAUUCAGAGACAGGAAAAGCCAAUAGGAAUGGUUCUGAAGAGGAAGGUAGUGAGCCCUCUCCACGUGACCCUGAAGGAAACAGGACUGAGUUUGUAUGCGACAGCCCUCCAGAGGAUGAAAACAAAGACACGUGUGGAAAUGAAGCCUUCCUCCGAGGAGCUGAAGAAAGAAUGUUCUACCAGUGUGAGAGCGAGGCCGAGUCUCCCCAGGCUGCUGCUGCUGCUGGGGCCGCUGCCCCUCCAACUCCCAGGGACUCACUCCAGCUCUCCAUUAAGCAGAGGCUAGCCCGACUACAGUUGUCACCAGAGUUCACCUUCACCGCUGGCCUGGCUGCCGAGGUGGCUGCCAGAUCUCUGUCAUUCACCACCAUGCAGGAACAGACUUUCGGCGAUGAGGAGGAAGAACCAACAGUUGAAGGAGGUGAAAAUGAGGUGGGAGAGAAAUAGAGACGGAGAUGACGUGAUUUCUGGUCGGCCCUCUUACAAGUGUUUCAGCUUCAAGACUGGAAGGGAAUGAGUGUGUGUUUACUCUAUAUAAAGCUAAGUCGUUGAUUUACAGGGUGAGCACUACUUUGAAACCUGACCUGAAAUUAGCAGCCAUCUGUAUAGGCAGGUCUUUUAGGGAUAGAGGGAGGUAAGGGCAUUUUUGAAUAGACUGGCUGUUUUAUUUAUGGCACGACUGAUAAUCUAGGCAAUUCUUUAAGUACUUUUAAUAAGAAAUGAAUUUAUCAUUUUUUGCCAAAAUUUGCUGCCAUAAGGUAACUAGGAUGAUCUCUUGCAGAGCAUUAGAACGAGCUCUUUCUGCUGUGUCCUUGCAGUGUGUAACUGCAGCGAUCAUGUUAAUAUGUUGUUCGUAUUUUAUUUUGUUUAUACCACUCCUAAAACAAAGAUACAGGUUCUGAAUAAAAAUAUUUAAUUCCUACAA